AUCAAUUUACUCUUUGUCUUUUGGCGAGAAUUAUUGUGAACAAGUAUUCUUUUAUUGCGAAUUGAAUAGUUCGUGGAGAGGUGUUUAAAUUUUUUUACCAUUCUUUUUCAAAUAUUAUUUGAUUUUGAGAUAAUCAUUGAUAGAUACUCUGUCAUUGUGAUAUUAAAUAUAUUCUGGACAUUUAAUAUUCUUGUAACGAAAUCGAGUGGCUAACGUAUAUAAUUUUUUUACGAUUUCACAGUAACCUUGAUAUUAUUCAUUUAAAUAAUUAUAAAUUAAGUCAAAAUUGAAAUCACUUCUCACCUCGUAGAUUUUUUUAAUUAAUAAGUUCUAAGUGUUGUAACCAGGGACUUGAAAUGUCACGUGCUGUUUUCUAGCAUUCAUCUGUUGUUUAUAACAUUUUGCAUGAGGUCACGACGGUGGUGCGGUGUCCGCAUGGAAGCCCGGCGGACUGCUGAUCACGCGCUGCACACGCUGCGCGCGCAGUUACGUCGACCGUUGCCGGAAUGGACCACGCGCGCUUCUCGUCGUCGCCGGAUCGCGAGAACAAUCGGCCGGUCCAAGGAGGACCCCGCGGAACCACUGAAAACCCAACCUCACCAGUGGAGGCCCUAAACAAAACGGAAACUCCGCGGCUAGCAUCGCGUGCGCUUCCUUCGAUUCCUGAAAGUGAACCCUUGAUCCGUGAUCCACUUAGUAUUAGUGAUGUGCCGCGGAAAAAUGGACGGACACUUCACGUUCAGUUUGACGCUCAGUCGCCUCCUGCCCCAGUAUCGCUCAGUGGAUCCAGCUCGAGCUCGAGCUCGGAUGAUGAAGAUAUUUUGAUAGCUGAAGCGCGUCCACCUGAUGGUGGAUGGGGUUGGGUUGUCGUUUUCGCCUCAUUUAUGGUAAAUCUCAUAGCUGACGGUAUAACGUUCAGCUUUGGUGUGUUCUUCCCUCAUUUUUUGGAGUACUUCGGUGAAGGCAAGGGAAAGACCGCCUGGAUUGGUGGAAUUUUCAUGGCAAUGCCACUAUUGUCAGGCCCUAUUGCUAGUUUCCUGACCGACCGAUAUGGCUGCAGACGAAUGACAAUUUUCGGAUCAAUCCUAGCAGCUUUAGGAUUUGUAAUCUCAGCCUUCGUGGAUAAUAUGGAAACGUUAUUCUUGACAUUCGGUAUAAUGGCUGGUUUUGGAUUAAGUCUAUGUUACGUAGCUGCCGUAGUUAUAGUAGCCUACUACUUUGAGAAGAAGAGAUCUUUAGCAACAGGUAUAUCUGUAUGUGGCAGUGGAAUUGGCACAUUUUUAUUUGCACCAUUAACAUAUGUGUUAUUAGAUGAAUAUGGUUGGAGAGGUACUACGCUUAUAUUAGCUGGAUUCUUUCUCAAUAUGGCAGUGUGUGGACUUUUAUUUCGAGAUCUUCCUUGGACAACUACAAUGAAUGAAGAAAAGGCAAAAGAAAGAAAGCGUAGAAGAGAAAGGAAGCGAAAUAAACGAUAUGGUUCGUCAGCUGAUAGUUUUACAGAUAGUAAAAGUAGUGCUGCAGGUUCUACUAGGGUAGUAGAUGAUGAAGACAUUGAAGCAGUGACACAGACGGCAGUACCGCAAUUCAGUUCGCUCGUUGACUUACCAACAUAUAUGACCGGAGGAGAAGGUGUUUCUUUAGAAACUUUCGAAAUGAUGUCCAAUAAAGGUCGAGCCUACGCUAUUCUAGCCCAAAAUUAUCCUGGUGUCAUGCUGCCAUCGAGAAGUUUUAGUGAUAGUGGUCGUCUCAAUGAACAAUCUCCACCAAAAGCUCUUAUGUCCCCAAGUACUCUAUCCCCAGGACCGAUGUCACCAACUUCCGCUACUAUUUCAAAUACACCGACGACAAAUAGUUCUAGAGUUGAUAAAGCUGCAAUAACACUAUGGCUAAAAAGGCAAGGUACUGGGGCUACGAAACGACCUCCAGCUUUUCUAAAAGAUUUGCGAAUACACAGACACUCUUUGACGUACAGGGGUGCUAUGUUAAAUAUAAAUAGAUACAGAUUGAGGGCAUCAUCUUGUCCCAAUAUAUUCCGGAAUUCUAUGACAACAAUUGCUAAAGAAAAGUUGCAAUGGUACGCCGGCUUAUGGGAUCUGUGGGACCUGAUCGUGGAUGUGUUGGACUUCUCGCACUUCCUGAACCCUGCAUUUCUCGUGUUCGCUAUAUCUAACUUCCUGCUAUACAUGUGGUACGAUGUUCCCUACGUGUAUAUAUCGGACCACAGCAUGAGUAUGGGAUUCAAUGAGUCGCAAGCUUCUAUGCUGAUAUCCAUGAUUGGAAUCCUGAAUAUGUUUGGAGAGAUCCUACUUGGCUGGGUUGGAGACUGGGAGUGCGUGGACGCUAUCCUGGUGUACGCCGUGUGCAUGGUGCUAUGCGGGGCUGUCACCCUCAUCAUGCCACUUCUCUCCUCCUACCUAAGCCUCGCCUCUGCCUCUGGCGCGUUCGGAGCCUUUAUUGCCGCCAACUACUCACUCACCAGCAUCAUCCUGGUGGAGCAGAUCACCCUGGAGAAGUUCACCAAUGCGUACGGGCUGCUGUUGCUGAUGCAGGGCGUCGCAAAUCUCGUCGGGCCGCCAUUUGCAGGCUGGGUGUUCGACAUUACUGGCUCGUACGACCUGUCGUUUUACAUGGCAGGGCUUUUCAUCGGUCUGUCAGGGUUAGUGCUCCUCGUCUUGCCACUGUAUCGGUGCAUCAAGAAAUACAAGACUAAGCGGAAACGACAAACCCACCAGGAACCAAAGAUAAACGGCGUUAUGCCGAGUAACGGGAAAAUUGUAAAUUAAAUUUAUGGGCUUAAGAUGAUUUUAUGUAUAAGUUUCAUAAUCUUAGUUAUGUAAGGUUUAUCUGGUUCCUAUAUUAGAACAAUGUGAGCUAGGUACUCGUAAGUACGUGCUAUAUAUUAUGUGUCGGAUUUCGAGUGUUUUCAUAACGCAGAGUUUUAUCUAUAAUAAAACUAUGUAACUACAUAUAGAAAUAGUAUCAAAAAUUUAUUGGAAACUGGUUAUAUUAUAAGAUGUAUCGUAAAUACUGCUUUUAAAUUGCUUGCUGAUUAAAAAGUAGCCCAUUUUAAUCUGAAUAUGAAGUGAAUUAACAGUUUUUUUUAAUAUUAUGGGCAAAAGUGACGGUACUAGGAAGGAGUUCAACUAACGAUGGGGUGCCCUACCGACAAUGCAGUAUCGCUCAGGGAUUCUUGAUUGAACACUAAGUUAUCGGCAUCGCAAUUGCACUCGACAACUUGAGACAUAAGAUUUUAAGUCUCAUUAGCCCAGUAAUUUCACAAGCUGUGGUGCUCUUCAAACCGUAAAACAACUAGGGUUGAGUUCGAACACUUCGUGCGCGACGGUACCAAGGGGUGACAGACGUCAGGUGGUGUUACGGAGAAGGGCAACGCGUGAAACUGGAGUAAACCGGUUCUCGCUGACUUCUUAGUAGUCACUCCGUCCCCGCCCCCGUCUGUUACCCUGUGGAACGGUCGCGCACGUAGUUGUCGGACUAUAGCGCAAGUAACGCAACAACUACAAACGCAACCUAAGGUGUAGCAAUCCGCGAUAUGACCUUGAACACACGUACUGACACGGCAUCGUCAGACUUAUUUGAAAUGUCAUGUACGUGUUAGUACACGUUCAGCAGUUGUUAACACUUCAUGACUUCAAUAAACCUGUACCUUCUGUCCCUGGUUCGUUGAAGUUUUCACAGCGAUAUUAGACUUUAUUAGACUUUAGCAUAACAUUAGGUUCAAAUAAAAGCAAUUAAUUAACUGGCAAAUAACUUAUCCACUCACAUCGAAACUUAAAACAUAAAUUAUGAUAACAUUAUUAAGCCUUAGAAAAUAUAGUUUGUCUUAUAUCAUAAGAAAUUAAUUACUAUUUUGCGAAUAAAGAUAAUAAAAUCAUCAAUAGUUCAAUUUCAUUAUUUACUUAACUAAACAAUAUGAUGGACCAUAAUAACAUUACUGCCAAAGUUGAAAUAUAGUUAUAAUACUAAUAUAAACACUAAUAGCGAGUCAACUUUGGACAUUAUACCGAUAAAGUACCAUAAAACUGUCUCGACGACUAGCCCUUUAAAUAUGGCAGGGUUGGCAUAAAACUUGCAUAGGGUUUUCACUACAGCCAUUUAUAGUAAAAACUUUACAAAAAUUUAGUUGAGUUACAAAAUUUUGUUGUGAAAUGAGAACAUUUGGUGUUCUCAUGCUUGCAAACGAUUUCGGGUACGUGAAAUGCCUAAAAACGAGUAUUGAUGCGCAAUGGAAUAAACCGGUUCGAACGCAGACUUCGCGGGUAGGGGAGGGACGCCGCUGUAUUUUAUUGCGCAUCUCAUUUUUGCUCAGUCUCCCGGCCAAGAUGCUUCAGUCUUUGUAUUUAUUACGCAUAUAAUACAAGGUUUACAUAACUUUUAUAACCAUUUUCGUUAUUUAAAUUAUAGUAUAAAAGGUAGGCCGUGUAAGCUAUUGGUGUGAAAAAUAUAACAUGACAUGAUGGUUAGAAAUAGACAGUUAAUCGUCGGUUUCCAAUGAAAUAUUAUUAAGAAAGGAUUAUUUUUAGCUCCACAAAUCAUGUUAUAAAUAACGAAAACACGGCCUUAGAGAAUUUUAAAUACCUAUAGGUAUUAUACUUUGUUAGGUGUAGUCAAUUUGAAUGUUGAGGAAUAACAUUAUGUAGGCAUUAUUAGCAACUUUGAAUCGUCACGACGUACCGAUAUUUAAGUAUAUAAUAACUCGUACCGUAGGAUUAGGUUAAAAUUUAGUUUUUUAAAUAUGUGUACCGCUAAAGGACCAAAUUUGAUUAUUUAUGUCAAGUUUCAAUUUUGAUUCGAUACAUCGUGUAUUUUGUGUGUUGAUUUGCUGCUUUGUCAAUAUAUAAUACCCGGAUUCAUUAUCUGGGAACAUGACGUCACAUCGUCGCUUUUUUACGGUGUGCAAAAUAAGCCUCACUAGGAUAUUAUUAUUAAUAAGUAAACUACGAUUUAUUUUUUUCUGUGUUAUUGAUUGAUGUAAAGAUGUUGUGUUGUGAUGCUGAUUAUUAUAAUUAUAAUUAUGAAAAAAUUAUGAAAACAUCUAGGUUAAGUUCAUAGAGUUUUUAUUUCACUGACCAGAACUAUUAAAGCGACACAGAAUAACAGAAACUACUAACAACAAAAGUUAAAACAUAACAAUGAAAACUUAAAAACAAAGCAGUGAUGUCAUAAAAAUAUCACGACAUGUACCUAACGGUAAUGAAACUGUAAACCGUACUGACGCAGCAGGAUGAGCGUGAGGCGGUGAAAGGGGAACGGGAGGGUUCUACAUGUUCCAGCGAGGUCUAAAGAUAAUGUGGCCGUGUAGUAUAUAAUAUACAUUAUUUACUUUUACAAGUAUAUCAUAUAAGCUUUCUUUACUGUUGCAAAAAGUAUCCGUAAUUAGCAAAUAUAUAGCAAAAAUAUUUUAGUAUUCUUAAAAUUAUAACACUUCACUCUACAGAUAUUGCUUUGGAAUUGAUUCUAAGUCACGUUUAAAUUAAAAGUCUUACAGUAACUUAUUUUAUAAUGGAUAUAAUCUUUGUACCAUUCGCAUUAUAAGUAAAAUAUUAUGAAGUAUAUAUUAUUCUCUUGAAGAUUUGUGUUGUAUGGUAUCAAUCAAAUCAAUAUUGAUAUCUUCUGGUAAUCACAAGUAACCUUAAGCAAAUGAUAUAAUAUAUAAGUAUAAAUAAAUAAUAAUAUGGCUUACAGUGCUCUGAACAUUUUUUUGAGGUUAUACUUAGUGACUCCCUGUACAGAGAUUGAGAACGAUCAAUUUCAUAUACAAAUUGAAUGUGAUUUGUUGUAACUAAAUUUAUAGCUGUUGGUACCUUUUAGUUGAUUAAUUACAGCACUUGAUUUUUUAAUAAUAGAAUAUAAUUAACGGUAAUGUUAAGGUGACCAGUUUAAAACUCUACCCAUGACUUAAAUCAUCUAUUAAAGAUUCUGUAACAGUUAGCUUAUUGCCAACAUUAAAACACCCAAUGUCCUAAUAACCAUUACAUCACACAAACAGAUGAUGUAAAGUUGUACUUAAUUUCAUAAUAACACUCGUUUGUUUUUUUUUCGAUCCCUUUACGCGCAAAUAGUUUUAACAGACAACCACAUCCUUAUUGCUCGAUGCGUGGUAUCUGUAUGAAUUUCAAAAAAAGAACAUUUUCGUUCGAUUUACCAGAACGUCGCGCGCCGUGAUAAAUAGUAGGUUAUUCGAAUCCCCGCCAUUUUUUUUCAAUAUUUUUAUUGUUUUUUUUUUACAAAGAAUGAGCGAUUCAAGUUUUGACAGCACUCCGCCUAUUUUUAAUGCUACAAAUUACUACUAAUAUAAAUAAUGAUUUCAUUAAUACUUAGUUUAUUUGUAUAUAAUCAGUAAUGGAUGGUAUUAGGUUACUACUAGGACUGGCUGUUUUAAUGUUAGCACUUAAUUUAAUUAAUGGUAGAAUCUUUUAGAGGAUUAAUAUUAUGAUUAUAUGUAGAUAAAGUCUUGUAUGCAACUGUUGAUAAUUAGGUAUUAAAUAACUCAUGUGGUACUAUUAUAGUGUUUUAAUACCACUUAUUACACAACAGUUGCAUAAAUAACAAUUACAGACUUCUAAGGUUUUCAUGUCAGAAAAUUUCAAUGUUACAAAAUAUGACAUUUAAUAAUACUAUAGUAAUAUUUCUUCAAACUAACCUUUAUUAACACACUUUGUUAUAUAUUCCCAUAAUCAAUUAUAUUUAAUUAAAACCAAUAUUCAAGUAAUUAUUGUAUUUUAAGAAUUUCUCACAUAUUUCUUAUAGAUAGUUUAAGGUUAUAGUUAUAAAUAAAUAAUAUUGGUCAACAAAAUAUGCAAAAAGUAACUGUCGAUAAAAGUUAAAAGUUACUGUCGAUCAGAACAUUAAGUAAUAUAUAUGUGAAUGAGGUCAUUGACCGAAAUUUUUUCGUAAUUUGCGACACAAUGUACAUACUAGCAAUACGGAUGGUUUGGAACAGUUAUACGGAUUUCAAAUAAAUUACCUAUAAAUAUAUUUAAUACGAAAAUAAUGAAGAUUUGAAUAACAAUUAGUACUUGUUGAUCAAUUAAAUAUAAGUACGGUUUUAGUGAUGGGUCGAAUGUGAUUCAAACCGAAUACGAACGUCGGCCGAAAAUUAGUAAAAAUCAAAACUUUGGUUCGGUUGAUUUUCGCCUCGCUUUCCCGGGAGUGACAGGUCGCGUUUUGUUAUCGCACCCCCGAGUGGGUAUGGGCCGGUCGGUGCUCAUUAGCAAAUACGUCAUCUUUGGAAGCUUAAGUUGAGAAAUAUAAAUGUUUUCUUGUUGCAAGUGGCUUGUUUUAUUUGACAAUAUGAUUCGUUUAACAGAUAUGGCAAUGGAUUAACAGAUAUCAUAAUGCCACAGUUCGGUUAAGCCGAAUGUAAAACAAAGUUCGGCCCAUCUCUAGUUUUUUGUCAAUAAUUUAUAAAAUAUUGUUCUAUUUCCGACAUAGUUAUAAAACGGCAGUGACACCAAAGACAGCUUCUUAUUGAAUUACAACAGUAGCACGUUAAAAUCGAUUCAUGUGUAUUUAAUAUUAAAUAGCGUUUUACUGAACAUUGUAAUAAUUAACUAGAAACAAACGUUAAAAGUGCACUGUUUGAUAUUUGAUAAGAUAGUAGUUACGGCUUAUAACUGAUAACGUAGUUAUAAUCUAUCACUUCUUGUUAUCAAACAAGUACAGAUAACUCGCGAGUUGAAUGCAUAGUUCAGGAAUGCGAUAGUGAUGUGACCUAAUUAUAAUUGAUGACGAUAAUCAUGAGUGUGUCGAUAAAUUUUAAUUAUGCUUUAAGUUUAAAAUUUUAACCUAGUAAAUAAAUCUCAAAUUUAAUUCUGCCUUUCUUAAACAAUCAUGUCUAAAACAUUUUUCGCCAUUUAUCAGGAUUGGUAAUAAAUAAAAACUAUUUUUUUUUGGAUCGGAAAAUGAUGGACUCGGAUCGGUCAUUCCUAAAAAAAAAGUGUGUGUGUACUUAUGUAUGUACGCAAAAUCUUAUAGUUCUUUGGCCUAACGAAGAAAAAAUCAUUAAAAUGAUUUAAACCUUGUGCUAUUCUACGUUUUUAGAUAGAACCAUAUUGUAAAAAUCUCACAAAGAUGGCUAUGACAAUUAAUUAUUAAAUAAUGAAUACGGCUGUAUGGGCUCAAACCCUUUGCCUGUCCUAAUAAUGGACGAAGAAACAAAAAAAAAAAACGAAUGACGCAAACGUCAGAAAAUUUUAGGAACCAACAUUUCUUUUGUGUUACAGUGAUGCGCGCGAAUCAAAUUAUAUUUUUAAAUUUCAUUCUCGCCAUUUUUUCAUAACGCGCCUAAGAAGUAUAACUUAGAAAUGAGACGGGAUCGCUACUUUAAUGUUAACGCGAUAACUCGGUAUUCAUUUGAAUUUAGUUCUUGUGCAGUCCUCUUAGAGAAUAAUUUAGUAGGCGGCAAAAAUCGCGUAUCGAAUAAAUAUUAAAUAAAGCUUGCCAGUUUUAAUAAAUAUUAGAUUAUAUGAUUAUUAAUAUAUAAUACGUUAUUUUAUCAGCUAUCUAAUAUAACGAACACCUCUAGACUACGGCACAGCAGACGUGCGAGGAGAGGCGUGCGGACAGCGGGGGGAGAACCUCCCGCUCUUCAUCCCAGGCCCCGACUGCAUUCAACUCGCACGAUAUCUUUUUAUAAAUAGGUACAAGUCGUACUUUAUGUACUUUUAUGUGCGGUUGUUGAUGUAGUGUUAAGUAUUUUUUAAAUAAUUCUGUGAGACAACUUUUUUUUUAAUUUUUUAUUGCAGUCAUUUAGGAAUCCGCCAUUUUGUUUAUAAUAAUAUAGUAAUAAUAAUACAUACUCUGUCAAUAUUUCAGCUGUCUCACUGUUGCCACAGUACAUUAAUAGGACAGUACUUUAACUUCAUACUAGAGCGCCCAAAUCCGACGCAAGCACACAAAUACACACGAUUUUUACUGCCGCUAAACAAUAUUUUACCAGUGGGAGGCUCCUUUGUACCGGAUGCCGCCUAGAUUAUGAGAGACUUGACAACUUAUGUCUCAAAGUGACGAGCGUAGUUGUAGUGCCGCUGAGAAUUUUUGGGUUUUUCAAUAAUACUGAGCGGAACUGCACUGUAAUGAGCAGGGCGUAUCAAUUACCAUCAGCUGAACGUUCUGCUUGUCUCGGCCCCAAUUUUCAUAAAAUAAAAAAAUAUUUGUGAGCAAAACUAUUGAGCCACACCGUUCGCCGCUAGUCUAGAGACUAGUCGCUGCAUUUUUGUAUGUGCCAACCCUACCUCUUCGCCCAGACGUAGGUAUAAAUAUCAACCGCUGAGAUACAUUACUGUUCUAUUACUUGUAUUGUGGUAUUGCAGUUCAUCGCCUACAGCCUGCUUACAAUAGAGAGUCUUACAAUAUACUAGCGCAUAGACGAACUAUUUGUGUGAGAGAAGAACAUCAAAUCAAAUCAAAAUCAGUUUAUUCACGUAGGUAACAGAAAUGACACUUAUGAAUGUCAAAAAAAAUAUUUUUCUUAUUGAAUCUAUCGCUACUCCGUAUAGGGUUGAGCUAAUGAGAAGAAGUAGCAAGUACUCAUUGCCACUCUUUUAUAUCAAGAUUUACAUUUAAGGAGAUACAGCAAGAUAGAAAAAGAAAACUUAUCUAUUGUUGCUGUAAUCCGAUUCACAACAUUCAGCCAUGGAAUAAGCUCCUCAUCAUCUUGCCACAUAUGGAAAUAUCAAAAUUGGUUACAAAUUAUCGGGCUGUCAGAACGUCUAUUCGCUAGUAUAUUGUAGGGCUAUAGUGACCGUGUUUCCUUUUUAUACGGACGCUGGCCUCAAAUUUAAAUUUCUCUGCUGUUAACAUACUGUAAUCCUCUACUCUGUGACUCGUAUGCGUAUUGUUAUAUUAAAUAAAUAGGUAUGUUUGGAUUGUUGAUAAGCAUUCAAGUGAUACGUAAGGGACAUCCAUAAAUUACGUGACACGAAUUUCAUGAUUUUUUGACCUCUCCCCGUCACAUGUGAGAUCCGCCCUUAUAUUUUGAAAAAAAUGUGAUGAACAUAAUUCGGGACUCCUCUCCGCUCCUUGUCAUACAAUAUCACAAUUUGUCGAACCCUCCCCUUAAUGUGUGACUUAAUUUAUGAAUGGCCCAAACUGCAACGGAAUGAUAAUCUUAUGUAAGAUAAAAUAUUCCGUGUUGCAGUUGUACAAUAGUGAAUCGAUUCAUAGAUUUUUUUUUUAUAUUUGAUUUAAAAUAAUUCUGUAAUGAGAACACUAGCGCGAACGACCGAUUUUUUGUGUGUAGAACAAUUAUAUUGUAAUAUUUGAAGGCUACAGCUGAUUUCUCUUUCAAAUAUUUAAGGCUUUAAAGCGGCGUAGAAUCUAUUCGUUCAAGUCGGCUUUUAAGGUUCAUUCGUUCAUCGUUAUUUCUUUUUUAUAAUGGACGAGACAAACAUGAAGUUCAGCUGAUGGUUAUUGAUACGCUCUGCCCAUUACAAUGUAGGGCCGCUCAGGGUUCUUGAAAAACCCAAAAAUUCUGAGCGAUGCUCGUUUCCUUGAGAAAUAUGAUGUUAAAUCUCAUUUGCCCAGUAAUUUGACUAGCUACCGCGCCCUUCAGACCGAAGCACAGUAAUGCUUAGACAUUACUGCUUCACGGCAGAAAUAGGCGGCGUUAUUGUACCCAUAGUCUAGCCGGUAUCUUGUGCAAAGGAGACUCCCACUGAUAUAUGCCCUUAGUUGCCUCUUACGAUACUUGAGACUUUUCUGUUCUAUUUAUGUCCCGAGGAAGCACAGAGCAGUUAGCCUCAAAUCUUUAAAACAACGAAAAUUUUAAAAUUUUAAUAAUAGUGACAAAAAUUUUGGUUAUAUCAUUGGUGUUUCUAUCAUAUUCUAAAAUAACAACGUGUUUUGUUGGAUACUUCGGGCCUAGUUUGUAUAUGAGUUAACUUAGUCACUGAUGGCGCAUUUCAUUAUGUAUUUUGACGUCACAGUGUGCGCUAUUUUAAAAAUUUACUCCUAUUUUUUUUAUUACGCGCCAAUUGAAGCACAAUGGCUUCAGUAAUAGGCUUUUCUUUGAUUUUAUAAAAUACUAGCUUUUACCCGCGACCUCGUCUCUGUGGGAUAGUUACUAUUGGCAGCAUUUUUUAUUCGUUACGAUACUUUGCAUAUAUUACACACACAAACUGCUCUUUACGCUGCCGGCGCGGCGCUCUUCUACGAUACAGCGGCUAUCCCUUGUCAUUGUGGACAGUCUCUUUAAGAGUAUUUCCCUGCGAACUUCUAUCUCGUAUUUCAUCCCCAUGUAGGUCUAAGUUUUAAAAAUUACUUCUUAUUAAAUGCCUAAGUACAAAGUAUCAUGGCUUUAUCUCCGAAAAUGAUGAAUUCCCAUACAAACUUUCAUCUCUUAUUUCAACCUGUUCAUGCCUUUUUUUCAACUAAAAAUGGUAGCUUAUGUCCUUUCCCAAAGGGCUGUAUUGUACCUAAUAUAGUCAAAAUCGGAUUCGGAGUUGGGCGUGAAGGUGUGACCUUGUUUGGACUUCCAUACAUACGAAUUUUCAUCCCUUAUUUCAUCCCUACACCAUUCGAAACUUUUUAAAAACGCUAGACUAAAAUAUAUAUAUUUAUUCCCUAUCAAGUGCCUAAAUACAAAGUUUUAUGGAGUCAUCAGUCAUUAUCGAAUAUUGACGAACUUCCAAACAAACUUUCAUCCCCUAUUUCAACCCCUCCGUUUAUUAAUUCGCAACAAAUGAUAGCCUAUGUCCUUUUCAAAGCUUUAUUCUAUCGUUGUAUUAAAUUUCAUCGAAAUCGGUUGAGUGGUUUAGGCGUUUCACACCAUAACAAACAAACUUACGUUCACAUUUGUAAUAUUAGUAGCGGUUAUAUUCAAAAAUGAUCGUAAAGAUUCGAUAGCCAACUGGUAUUUUUAUAUUCCCUUAUUAAUUAAAUUAAAUUAUUAAUUCCACUUUAUGAUAAGAAAAAAUUUUGUAUAGUUAAACAAUAGUCAUUUCAUAGUCCGUAUCGUUUGUGUGUUGGUAAAAGCAAAUUGUUUCUGCUAUAGUGACGUCACAAAAUGGUGGCGGCGUUUCCAAUCACGUGACAUACAGAUAAUAAAACUAUGAUUUUUAAUUUAAAAAUAUAAAUAGUACUCAUUAUCUUUAUAACAAAAUUAGUAUUGAAUUUGUAUUUCUCAUGGUAAAAACUCUACAAGUAACAUACUUUCGUAAUUUAAUUUUAAUAGAUGAAAUUGACAUGUUCUUUUUAUACUACUAAGUUAAUACCAAAGAAAGAUUUGGUGCUUGUGUGAAGUCUGCUAUUUGGUGAGCUGAUACGUUUCAAGUGAAUCACUGUUUAAAACACUAAUAGCUCUUAGAACAAUCUAAAUCUCUCUUGGAACAAUCCUAUGCUGGGAAAGUAAACAUAACUAUUUCUUUUUUAAUUUCUUCAUUGUCUUUGGGCUCAUGCAUUUAGUUACUCGACGUUGACGGAGCCCUAUUCAAAUUUAACUCUGAUUUGAUUUAACAUAUUACAAUAAUGUGUUGCUGUACGUUGGUUCUAUUCGAAUUUAAAGAGUGGAUCAUAGUGACGUAUAUACUUAAUAUAUAAUCACAUUGAAUAUCGUUGUAACUGGAAUUUCGUACUAUUAAAUCAAUAAAGAAAAUAAAUCAAAUAAAUUAAUAAUAAUAUUCUAAAAAACAUCAACAUUGACAAUACUGAUUGUUAUUUCGUCAACUUCUUAUUUUUUGUCUUAUGGAACGACAAAAGUUCACUAUAGUAUAUUGUAGUAACGUGAUCCAACUUUGGUUUGAUUGAAAGAGAGUACUGUGUGAAUAUUUAAUUCGUUUACUGCAAGGAUUUUGUAUUAUCCACUCUAUAUAGAUAUAUUCCUAUAAUGUUUAUUCUUAAACAAUAUUAUUAUAGUAGCCAAAAACAAACGGGUAACAAAUGUAUUAUGUAUAAUAUCAUGUGUGCGUCUUUAGUAAAAUAGCUUUAAUUUAA